CUAUGGGGUUUAAAAUGCUUUAUUGUUUUAUUUUUUGGUCUCGUACGCAGACGUUCCGUCGCGUCGCCUAGCAAGCUUGUGGCAACACAAGUGGUGCAUUUUUAAGACAUUAUAUUCAGUCGUACAUAUUUUAGAUAUAAUCCUUCAGGUUUUCUGCUCUGUGUUUGUAUGAAUGCAACGAGUAAAACAUGUACACUCCAGCGGCUGAUGCCGGUGUGACUGUGGUGGAAAAGGAUGCAACCCUAAGCGGCGCUUACUCACCUGUGGACUAUAUGAGUAUCACUAGCUUCCCAAGACUACCAGAAGAUGAUGUGGUUUCUUCAGACAAUACCCUCAAAUCACGCAAAGAUGAUGACAACUUCCUCAGUGAGCAGGACACGGACCCUGAUUUGUUUCUAAAGUCAGCUCGACUGCAGCGCAUGGCCUCAUCUGCUUCUGACUUGGGAAGCCAUGACGUCACUCCUCUGAGAGAGACCACCAGGGACCCACUGGCACAAGAAUGUGCGUGUACACGAGAUGGCCUCACCGUUAUCAUCACUGCCUGUCUGACAUUUGCUACUGGGGUCACAAUGGCCCUCAUAAUGCAGAUCUACUUUGGGAACCCACAGGUGUAUACUCAAGCUGCAAUAGUAACAGAUGUGGCACGCUGCACAUCUCUAGGCUUUGAUGUGCUGGGCAAACAAGGAUCAAGCAUAGAUGCUGCGAUAGCCGCCUCCCUCUGCCUGGGCAUCAUUCACCCCCACACCUCAGGCAUCGGAGGUGGUGGCGUGAUGCUUGUCCAUGACAUCCGUAAGAAUGAAAGCAGAGUCAUUGAUUUCCGUGAGACUGCACCAUUUGCCAUCCACGAAGAUUUGAUGUUAAAUGUUGAUCAAAGGCCAGGUCUGCUAGUGGCUGUUCCAGGCAUGCUGAGUGGCCUACAUCAAGCUCAUCAGCUGUAUGGAAGAAUGCAGUGGAAAGAGCUUAUCACUUUGGCUGCAGAUGUUGCCAGAAAUGGAUUUAACGUUACACAUGAACUGGCUGAUGCUUUGUCUGAAGUGAAAGACCAAAAUGUGUCUGAUACAUUCAGAAAUCUCUUCCUGCCAAAUGGACAGGCGCCAGUAGCAGGACUUUUCACGACACGUCUGGAUUUAGCUGACAUUUUAGACAGGAUUGCAAUCAAUGGGAUCUCAGAGUUCUACAAUGGGAAUCUGACUAAAGAAAUAGCAUCUGUGGUUCAAGCGAAAGGAGGUGUGCUGACAGAGGAAGAUUUUCUGAACUAUACCACUGUUCUACAAAAACCACUGCAAAGUCUUUAUCAGGGUUACCGGGUGUUAGCUGUCCCUCCACCCCACGCGGGAGCUGCUCUCCUCUCAGCUCUAAACAUCCUGGAGGGAUAUAACAUCACAAACCAGGUCCCGAAGAACACAGUUUACCACUGGAUAGCUGAGUCUUUGAAGAUCGCCUUGUCACAGGCUAGUGGACUUGGAGACCCAAAGUUUGAUGGCUCUGUUUCAGAAGUUGUGGCACAGAUGCUCAGUAAAACUCAGGCUGCUGCAUUUCGUCAAAUGAUUAACGAUUCGCAUGCGUCUCUCGCUCAACAUUUCACACCAUCAUAUGAGCUGCAGAGGGACGCUGUCGCCAGCCAGGUCAUGGUGAUGGGCAGAGAUGAUUUGAUAGUAUCUGUUAUGAGCUCACUGAACCGGCCAUUCGGAAGUUAUAUUAUGACACCCUCUGGGAUUCUCCUUAAUAGUCAGAUUCUGGAUUUCUCUUGGCCCAAUAAAACCCACAGCUCAGCAGAGUUCAAUCCGCGUAACAGGAUUGAUCCAGGGAAGCGACCCGCCUCCUUCCUAAUUCCCGUUGCAAUAAGACCCUCUAUUGGUCUUUGUGGCACUUACCUUACCUUGGGUUCCUCUAAUGGUGACCGGGCCCUUAGUGGCAUCACUCAGGUUUUGCUUAAUGUUUUAUCAUUACGCAAAAACAUGAGUGACAGUCUAGCUUACGGCAGGCUUCAUCCUCUCAUACAAACUAACACCCUCCUGGUAGACUCUAAAUUUAUGCAGGCCGACGUGGAGUCUCUCAUACAGAUGGGCCAUAAGGUGGAGAAGGUGGACAUCAUCUCAUUGGUAGAAGGAACUAAGAGAACCAAUGACCUGAUUGUAGGUGUGAAGGACCCCCGCAGCACUGACGCCUCUGCACUGUCUAUGUCUAUGCCCUAGAAUUCAACAUUUAUCCUGCUCUGUCAUGUGUGUACAUGGUUAUUUGUACUGUUUUAGAUAUUGCUUGUGAAAUAGCCAUCUCCACAACGAACACCGAUAGGAACAGUAGGCAUGCACAUAUGAUGUGUCUUCUUGUAAAAGUAAGAUUUGAGUGUGUAUUUAAAUUUUACCCUAAUAGUUCUUAAACUACAAUUCAUGACGUUUGAGGAACGUUUCUUACAUGAUGUACUAGAUUUGGCAGGUCCAAUUUGGAUUUUUUGGAUUUUUGAUUAAAUGUUUGUCCUACUACACAGUUUGGCAGGUAUAUGCUUUUUCUGUUUCUUCAUUUAGUAGCUUAAAUAUGUGAGAACAAACAUGUAUAGUGAUUUCCGUUUUAUUUAAAGAGAUUAUUUUAAUUUGAGGUGAGCAAACACUUUUUUCAAAAUACUUGCAGAUGACAUCAAAUAGACAUCUUAAAGAUGUAUGUGUGCUACCUAAUUUUAAAAGCUUUUGAUUGUUGUAAAAACGGAGAUGAAGCUAAACUGCUAUUGCUAAGAUCUGUUAACGUAAAGUGAAUUAAAUGUUUAUUUAUUUUCAACAAA